AUGUUUUCGUUUCCAAAUCGAAUUUGGCCAAUUUUGCAGACGCAAAGAUUACAAAAAGAACAACUGCAAAUACCAAUUAUUUAAUAUACUAGUAAAAUAAUAAAUCUGUAGAUUAAGGUGAGGCGAGUGGAGCAGAGAGCAGGCGUACGCGCCCCUCGCGGCUUCGAAUUCCGAGGGAGCGGACGACCGGCCGCCCACGAACCCUAGCCGCAAUCCCUCCCACCUAUCCCAUCCCAAACCUACUGAUACUGUGCCGAUGCAGACGGAGGCGCGGGUGGGCGUCGUCGUCGACAGCCGCGCCGGCGCUGCCACCAUGGCCCGCCGCCAGGAGCAGCAGCGCCACAUCGGCACGGCGGCGCACCUCGCCGCCGGCGGGAUCGCUGGCGCCGUCAGCAAGACCUGCACCGCUCCCCUCGCCCGCCUCACCAUCCUCUUCCAGGUGGCAGGUAUGCAUUCAGAUGUCGCAGCUCUAAAGAAGUAUAGCGUAUGGCAUGAGGCUUCACGUAUUGUUCGAGAAGAAGGGUUUGGGGCAUUUUGGAAAGGCAAUCUUGUGACAAUUGUACAUCGAUUACCUUAUUCUGCCAUCAGCUUCUAUUCAUACGAGCGCUACAAAAAGUUUCUCAGAAUGGUGCCUGUCCUCGAUGACCCAAAUUAUGUUAGUGUUGUACGCUUGCUUGGCGGUGGUUUGGCGGGAGUGACAGCUGCAUCUGUGACUUACCCGUUGGAUGUUGUGCGAACUCGUUUGGCAACACAGAAAACAACUAGGUACUAUAAGGGCAUCUUUCAUGCAUUGUCUACAAUUUGUAAAGAUGAGGGUGGCAAAGGAUUGUAUAAAGGCCUUGGGGCCACAUUAUUGGGAGUUGGACCUAGUAUAGCAAUCAGCUUUUGUGUAUAUGAAUCACUGAGGUCUCAUUGGCAAAUGGAAAGGCCCAAUGAUUCCACUGCCGUUGUAAGCUUGUUUUCUGGGAGUCUAUCUGGUAUUGCAUCUUCGACGGCUACGUUUCCUCUUGAUCUUGUAAAACGGCGGAUGCAACUACAUGGGGCAGCUGGGACAGUGCCUAUCGACAAAUCAAGCAUAGCUGGAACCAUACGCCAAAUUCUUCAGAAGGAAGGUCCUCGUGGCUUCUAUAGAGGCAUUGUCCCUGAAUACCUAAAGGUUGUUCCUAGUGUUGGAAUCGCCUUCAUGACUUUCGAGGUGUUGAAAAGCUUGCUCUCCGGCAUUGACAAGGAUGAUGAUAACUAAGGUUUUCGAUGUUGCAAGCCACGGUUAAACAUGAGUUAGUUUUUCUUUAGGUUACUACUGUAAGUCUAAAGUGUAUGAGAGUGGUUACAUGCCCUUCCAGGCAGUUUUGUAGGUGUUGGUAGGAUAAAGAUUUACCUGAGAUUAUGUUGUACAAUAGGUUAAGAGCAAACGAUCGAAUGAUCACCAUCUUUUGUUUUCCUCUGAGCAUUAUGCUCUGAUUCCUUGUGUCACUGAGAUGUAAUGCCCUUAUUGCAAGAAAAAAACUCUGAAGGUUUAAUGGAUCAAGUGUAGUUUUCACUGCCA